UCUUUCUUUCUCUGCUUCUCCCGAAACGAAGAGAGAACUGGUCAAUAACCACAAGCAAAUAAGGGUACAACACCUUCUUCUCCUUCUCUCACUCUCAUUCGUUCAUCCACCUUCACCUUUUCCCCUUUCACCCAUUCACUCCCCUUAUUAAAUUUACCACUCUCACUUCCUCUCUUCACAACAACCUUUUCUCUCUACACAUUCCUCUAACUACACUUUUUACAUUUCUACUAACACUACUCUUACUAUUCCUUUUUCCUCAUUCUCCAUACCGUUUGCAGAACAAUGGCAUCCCAUAUUGUUGGAUACCCUCGCAUGGGUCCCAAGAGAGAGCUGAAGUUUGCUCUAGAGUCAUUCUGGGACGGGAAGAGCAGUGCAGAGGAUUUGCAGAAGGUGGCUUCUGAUCUCAGAGCAUCCAUCUGGAAACAAAUGACUGAUGCUGGGAUUAAGUACAUCCCCAGCAACACUUUCUCAUACUAUGAUCAGGUGCUCGAUACCACUGCCAUGCUUGGCGCCGUUCCAGCCAGAUAUGGGUGGACUGGCGGCGAGAUUGGGUUUGAUACCUUCUUUUCCAUGGCCAGAGGAAAUGCCUCUGUGCCGGCCAUGGAGAUGACCAAGUGGUUUGACACCAACUACCACUUUAUUGUCCCUGAAUUGGGACCUGAUAUGAAUUUUACUUAUGCUUCUCACAAGGCCGUGAAUGAGUACAAGGAGGCCAAGGCGCUUGGAGUAGAUACAGUUCCAGUCCUCGUCGGCCCUGUAACAUACUUGGCGCUCUCCAAACCUGCCAAGGGUGUUGAUAAAUCCUUUUGUACUCUUUCUCUCCUCCCAAAAAUCCUUGCUGUCUAUAAGGAAGUUGUGUCUGAUCUUAAAGCAGCUGGUGCUUCAUGGAUUCAAUUUGAUGAACCUAUCCUUGUCUUGGACCUUGAGUCUCAAAAGUUGCAAGCAAUUUCUACGGCAUACGCAGAACUUGAAUCUGCUUUAUCUGGCUUAAAUGUUCUCAUUGAGACCUACUUCGCUGACGUUACUGCCGAGGCAUACCAGACUCUCACAUCUCUUAAUGCAGCCACGGCAUUUGGAUUUGAUUUAGUCCGUGGAACUAAGACCCUUGAUCUAAUCAAGGGUGGAUUUCCCAGUGGAAAGUACUUGUUUGCUGGAGUGGUUGAUGGAAGAAACAUCUGGGCUAAUAAUCUUGCUACUUCACUGGAUACAUUGAAUAGUCUUGAGGGCAUUGUGGGCAAAGAUAAACUUGUUGUGUCCACCUCCUGCUCACUUCUUCACACGGCUGUUGAUCUUGUUAAUGAGACCAAGUUGGAUAAUGAGAUCAAAUCAUGGCUGGCUUUUGCGGCCCAAAAAAUUGUUGAAGUAAAUGCAUUGGCUAAGGCGUUGGCUGGUCAAAAGGAUGAGGCCUUUUUCUCUUCUAAUGCUUCUGCUCAGGCUUCAAGAAAGUCCUCUCCAAGAGUGACUAAUGAGGCCGUUCAGAAGGCUGCUGCUGCAUUGAAGGGUUCUGAUCAUCGCCGCGCCACAAAUGUCAGCACUAGAUUGGAUGCUCAACAAAAGAAGCUCAACCUUCCAAUCCUCCCAACUACCACCAUCGGAUCCUUCCCUCAGACUGUUGAACUGAGGAAGGUGCGUCGGGAAUACAAGGCUGGCAAGAUCUCCGAGGAGGAGUAUGUUAAUGCAAUUAAAGAGGAAAUCCGCAAAGUUGUUGAACUCCAAGAGCAGCUUGAUAUUGAUGUCCUGGUACACGGGGAGCCUGAGAGGAAUGAUAUGGUGGAGUACUUUGGUGAGCAGUUAUCAGGCUUUGCCUUCACCGUUAACGGGUGGGUGCAAUCUUAUGGAUCUCGUUGUGUGAAGCCACCAAUCAUCUAUGGUGAUGUGAGUCGCCCCAAGGCAAUGACCGUCUUCUGGUCAUACACUGCUCAGAGCAUGACCAAACGCCCGAUGAAGGGAAUGCUAACUGGCCCUGUCACUAUUCUCAACUGGUCCUUUGUUCGAAAUGAUCAGCCUAGGUCUGAGACCACCUACCAGAUUGCUUUAGCUAUCAAGGACGAAGUAGAAGAUCUUGAAAAGGCUGGUAUUACUGUUAUCCAAAUCGAUGAGGCUGCUUUGAGAGAGGGCUUACCAUUGAGAAAGUCAGAGCAAGCUAACUACUUGGACUGGGCUGUUCAUGGUUUCAGAAUCACCAAUGUUGGUGUGAAGGAUACAACUCAGAUUCACACCCACAUGUGCUACUCUAACUUCAAUGAUAUCAUCCAUUCAAUCAUUGAUAUGGAUGCUGAUGUGAUCACCAUCGAGAACUCUCGCUCUGAUGAAAAGCUCUUGUCAGUGUUCCGCGAAGGAGUCAAGUAUGGAGCUGGAAUUGGCCCUGGAGUGUACGACAUUCACUCUCCAAGAAUACCACCAACUGAAGAAAUUGCUGAUAGGAUCAACAAGAUGCUUGCAGUGCUUGAGCGAAACAUUUUAUGGGUCAACCCUGACUGUGGUCUCAAGACACGUAAGUACGCCGAGGUGAAUCCAGCUCUCACAAACAUGGUUGCUGCCACAAAACUCAUCCGUAACCAGCUUGCCAAGUGAAUGGUGGCACCAAAGUAGAAUUUCAGCAAUCAUCGUGAUUCUGCUGGAUGCACCGAGAAAAGAACAUUUGCUUUUUUGGUUGUUGCAAUAACUGAGUGUUGAAUAUUUAGCGGCUUAGUACACUCUUCCCUGCUUUUCUGUAUUCUUGUGGCAUUGCCUCUAUGUUUAUGUUGAUAUGCAGUUGCAAUAUUCUAUUUUUUUUUCUUCA